ACUUCAGUAACACUUUCGAGCCUUGACAAUCGGGUUGAAAAAUAGAAAAGCUAAAAAUUGUUUCGUUCAACAGUGUGUUUACUGCUCUCACUCUCUUCACACACGUUCCUCUACAAACAGCUUCGGAAAAUGGCAUUCUGUGGCCACGUUAGCUCCUCUGGACAAAUCGUCCUGCGGGAUGAGAUCUUUGCCAGCAGGACUCGCAUUGCGCACUCCUCGUCAUCCAGAGGCUCAGCAAACUCCAUGUCUUCGCCGAGUUCGCCCGCCCAGAACACCACCACACGCACGUACUUCUUUAAGGACGACGGUGGAAGUCCUUCGCCUCAAUCUACGGGUGACUGGUCGCCCGGCGGACUCAAGCGAUUGGAGAACCAGAGCAACUUGGUGCCAUCGCUGUGCCUCAACUCUCCGGACAGCUCCCUCAACUAUCUCAGACACGUAAAGGGAAUGAAGGUGGACCGCCAGCCGGAGGCCGCCUACGAGAACUGGUACUCGGCCAAGCAGCAGCAGCUCCUCGACAAGCAGCGGCGGAUCAGGGAGGAGCUGAACUCUAAGCAACAGCAGAGGGAGGAGCGCAAGCAGCUGGCCAGUAUGUGCUACGACCAGUGGCUAAAGGACAAGAGCCGCCAGGCGGCCAACUUGCAGCUGGAGAACCACAUCCAGGAGGCGACCAUGAAGGCCAGCCUAGCUCUGCGCAAGAAUCCACUGGUGCCCGCAUCCAGCUCGCUGGGAUCCGGGCGGAGCUCCUCGACGGCACCCAGAUACAUUCGCAAGGUGUCCAAGGACGAGAUCCGCAGGGUCGUGGAGGACUGGUGGCUAAAGAAGCAGCGUCAGCAGCAGGCGCAGCGCGAGGAGCGGCGACGUGCCAUGUUGUCCAAGGCCUUCGAGGAGGAACAGCGCCGGCAACUCGCCCAGGCAGCCUGGUCCAAGUGGAUGAGCAACGUGGACGCCAAGCCCAAGCCGGUGCCCCUCAAUCAGGGCAUGGACUCACUGCGAGGCACCGUCUCCCAGCUCUACAUGAACCCCACUCCAUGGAUGGUUCCAGCGAAACCGCCGCAGAUGUAGUCCUCUCCCUUCAGAUGUCAUGUGUGCAUGCGAUCAUUCUCCAAUUGUCCAGAAAUUGCUUAGAAAUAUAUUUAUCCAUAGAUCCAUACCAAUAUCCAUGCCAAAUGUGGGCUAAUUUCGAGGCAAGGCCUCUUACCUAGUAACGAUUAUCAUUUCAGCCUGCAUAAAUACAUAUGUGUUUUAAAAUAUAUAUUUUGCAACGU